UUUUCCAUUCUUACUAGAAUUUCUGUUUGCAAAUAUAUCUGACUUAGACAUCAGAUCAGACCAUUGUUUACUCUCUUGUGUUUCUCCUCUAUGCAAGUUCCACGAACAACUUAGGAUGAUUUCUCGCCGCAACAGAAGGUAAGGUCAUUUGCCCAAACUUUCGCUCUCUCAGUAAUCAAAUGGGUCAGAGAAGAAGAAGACCGAUAAUGUUAAUCUUGGUAGCAGGUCAAAUCUUGGGUGAAAUGUAGGGCUUUGUCCUCAAGAAACGCUCUGCAAGUAAAAUCAGAAGCUUGGGGAAGAUGAUGAAGAGCUUGUACGUAUCGAAUGGAAAGGAGGAAGUUUUGGGAGCCCAAUAGGCAUUAGUUCGGUGUGAUUCUAGAUGAUUCUUACUAUUUAUAUGGAUCUUGGAUUUAGGUGUUUCAACUUUGAGAUUAUCUAUUUAGAUAAAACCUCCCCAAGAAUCAGUUUUUAGUUUUAAAAUGUGAUUCUAGUGGAUUCAUCCGUCAACGGUCAACCCAUAAUCGCCUUUUAAAGUGUAAGCAGACCAUUUUAAAAAACUCCACAUAUUUAUGUAACCAAACACAUCCUUGAAGCUCAAGUCCGUCUCCUCACCUCGUCCCCUGCUUCUCUUGCCACUCCAGUUCAGUGGGGAGCCAUUUGCAGAGCUUCUUGAGCGACCAAUAAGGGGCAGAACCUGCAAUUCCUCGAGUCUCUCUUUUGCGUUUUGAGCGAUCUGACGGGCUAAGACAUGCAGUUUCGGGCAUUGAUGCGUUGCGGCUUGCAAGAUACGGAAGUCGUCCGUGCGGGGGGUUUAGAGGAGUCCAGUUAUGAAAUUUUCGUUUUAUUCUGAUAAUAAAAAUGAAAAUCAUGGCUUUAACCGGAAGGUACUUUGUUACUAUAUCAACGGCAUCUCAUAGAUGUCGAAAUCAAAGCCAGCCGCGUUCCUGUUGUUCUGUUUCUCUGCGGUCGAAUUUCUUUGACGAACUUGGAGGUAUAGACACUGACAAUGCCAUUGUAUCCUACUGUAAAUCCGGCAAGAUUGAUGAAGCCAUCUCUCUACUUCGCAAGUCACUGGAGGCAAGCUUCAAGCCCUCUGUUACUUCUUGUAAUAUGGUUUUAUCUUCUUUGGUUAAAGCUAGCAGAUUUGAAGCUUGUUUGUCUACGUAUAGUUUCAUUAGGAAUUGCAGAGUUUCGCCAGAUUUAGUGACAUUGAACAUAAUCAUGAACUGUUACUGUGAAACACAUCAGAGUGAUGUUGCCCACCAGGUGCUCGACGAAAUUCAGGCUUGUUGUUAUAUACCUACAGUCAUUACCUAUAAUACCUUGAUCAAGGGGUUAUGCAAGGAGAGUAGAAUUAGUGAAGCCCGACAAAUUCUCCAACAAAUGAGAGAAAAAGCACCGAGUCCCAAUGGUCGGACCUAUUCAAUCCUUAUUACUUCUCUUUGUGGCUUGAAAAGAUCAGAAGCUGGCUUGGAAUUGCUCAGAGAAAUGCUGCGAUUUGGUUUGAGACCAACUCUGACUACGUAUAACACGGUUUUAGCCGGUUUGUGUACGGAAGGUGGGAUUAAAGUGGCAAGAACGCUUUUUAAUAAGAUGGGUAAGCUGGGUCUCAUACUGAAUGUAGUAACAUACACCUCACUCGUAGAUGGAUUAUGUAAGGAGAAGUUAUUGGGUGAAGCCAUGAAGCUUUACUAUGAGAUGUCAGAGAAUGGUUUAUCUCCGAAUGUUAGAACUUAUACAACGUUGAUUCAUGGGCUAUGCAUUGAAGGGUAUUGGCAAGAAGCUACUGAGAUCCUUCUUGAAAUGCUGGGCCAUGGUAUCAGUCCUAAUGUCAUUACUUGCACAGGGGUCAUGAGUGGACUCUGUAAAGAGGGGCAUAUACAAAAGGCUUUGAGGUUUUUGGAUCUGAUGAUUCAACAGGGUUUAGAACCUAAUGAGUUUGCAUACACUACUUUGAUUGAUGGCCUUUGCAAAGCGAGGAGAGUAGAGGAUGCAUGCCAAAUUUUCUCUGGCAUGAAGGAAAGAGGACUUGGAAAUAACAUUGUUGCUUACAACGUAUUAAUUAAAGGAUUCUGUGAAAUUGGAAAAUUGGAGGCAGCUAGAAUGCUCUUCCAAGAAAUCACGAGCAGAAGUGUCAAACCUGAUGUCAUUACUUAUAACACCUUGAUCGAUGGUUUUUGCAAGAACUUGCAGGUCAAGGAUGCAAAAGAAUUGCUGCAGGAUAUGGAAGCUCAGGGUCUUGAACCAAAUGUUGUAACUUACAACACAUUGUUGAAUGGUUUAUGUAGAGCUGGUAAUCUGGAGGGGGCUGUGGAUCUGGUUGAGGAAAUGACCUGCGGAAAACAAAAGUGCAAUGUAAUCACAUAUAAUCCAAUCAUAGAUGCAAUGUCUAAAGCAGGAAGACCUCAGGAUGCAGAAAUAUUACUUCGAUACAUGGGUGAGAAAGGGAUUGCAGCUGAUGCUGUGACAUAUUCUACCAUUCUAAACGUGUACUGCAAGAAUGGACAGUUAACUGAUGCAAAAAGGGUUCUUAGAAUGAUGGUGGAAAAGGAUAUUUGCCCAACUGUUGUCACCUACAAAUUCAUUUUGCAUGGAUUUUGCAACAAAGGGGAGAUCAGUGAAGCAGUUAAGGUGCUUUAUGAGUUUGUUGUAAAGAAAUUUCUUUAUCCUACUAUUGCAGUUACUCUUUUCCUGGAGAAUGUUGCUAGAUUUAACCAGCUUGAGAACUUCUCUUCUUUGCUCCCAAUCAUAUGUGGGAAAGAGGAGAAAGAUCGGUAGUUGUGUUGGCCUAAUGAAUGUUUUACGUGAGGAGGCUGCAACCAAUUGUUGGAGAAGAGAAAAUCUGUGUUUGCCAUCCUGUUUCAUUGGACGAAUUCAUUUAAUCUAACUGGCGAUAUCGUCAUCUGGCAACAGAUGGCUUGAGGGACUGUCUUGCUGUUCAGCUGCUUCAAUCUGGCCAUCUAAAUAUGUUGUACAUAUAGUUCUCUACUAGUGAAAAUUUGAGCAGCAAGGCAAUAAUGAGCGCCAUGAUUGAAUGCAGUGACUGCCAUUCCAAAUUGGUCUUCCCAACUACCAAAACUGUGCCUCAGGCAUGUUAUUGAUAUGGGAGCAAAGUAUCAUCAAAUUAGUCAGCCAUCAAUCUUCUCUUGGUUGUUGGAGAUUGCAUAUGGAUGUCUGAAGAUUUGAGAUUUGUUCAUCAUAGGAAUUAUUUUAGAAAGCUGCAGAAGGAGGCUCUGGAGGUGAGAGCUGUGAGCAACUGCAUUUCCGGAGGAAAAUUGCUCAAAAUUAUCAGAUUCUUCAUGAUGCGACAUGGAAGGUAAAAUAUUUGAUUCCAUUAGAAAUUUCCUAUUUUAGAAAGGAGAAAUUAUAAGUUUGGAUUUGGGGGUAGAUUCCAAAUCCAUGAUUUGGGUUUGGGGGUAGAUUCCAAAUCAAUGAAAUCAUGGGUUUGUGAAAUCAACUGUUUGAAUGCAUUGUGAAAUCAUAUGAUUUAAAAUGUUGAAGACAUGAUUUUCUUCUAUAUAAAUAAAUUAAGGGUAAUAUGAUAAAGACUAUAGGGGUAUUCUUUAUUGAGCUAAUAAUGAGACCUUCAAGGUAUUAUUUCCCUUAUUUCACUCCUUUUCUCCCCUUGGCUGUCUUCUAUCCUCAUGAUUAAACCUGCCACACAUCAAAUAAUCUCAGAGUUUGGGUAACACAGCUAUUUUCUAGAUUGUGUAAUUGAUUAUUUAUUUAUUUAUUUAAAACAAAAAAAAAAAAAAAAAAAAAAAAAAAAAAAAAAAAAAAAAAAAAAAAACUUUUGCUACAAAUCUAAAAUGAGACUCGACUAAUGUUUGAAAAUUGCAGCUUCAAUGAUGACCUUACAUGAUUAGAAAACAUAGGAGCUCCAUGACACUGUCCUGACUUGGGUGACUACAAAGGUAACUUGACCUAACCAAAUUCUACUACUCAGAGUACCCAUAUUCCCUGUUGCCAUGGUAUGAGUCUCAUUAUUAUCCUCUGUCGACGCAAACUCUAAUACACAGUACUUAAAUAUUUCACCAAUACUGACACAUAGGAUCCAUCUCCCAUGGCUAAUCUUUAAAAGACUUAAUUUUUGCAAUCUACGAUCUGCUUUCUGUCUCUUCAGACCUGAUUCAAUAAUUUAGAACAAAAUAUCUGUUAAUAAAUAAUAAAAAAAAAAGAACAUUCUGCAAUGCACAAACAGUUACAUAAAGCAAUAGAAAAACCAGACUACAUCUGGACAGUGAGAAGUUUUAAACAUGAAACAGGGAGAAAGGAUACCGACCAAUGAGACAGAAAAUCAGCAUUGGCAGCAAUGAGGAAGAACUAUAGUUACCGUCAUGGUUCACAUUGAAGUUCAAAUAUAAAUUUUGUAACUUAGUAUGUAUGGCAGUAGUCUGUAACUGCGGACAGAAGAUUCUUGCGAUAUGAAUGAUAUACAUAGGGUGAGGCUUUUGUCAUUCAUAUCUUGUGGUGGACGAAGUUAUCUGAUCGUUUAGUAGGGAUUUGCAAUAGUACUUUAGUGCUUACAGGCAGCCUUGAUCUAUUAUAGCAAACCAAGAACUUGACUCUGUUUUGAUGUACUGAUUUCUUGUGUGACAAAUCAAAGCUGAAUAAUCAGUAUCAAAGUAGAAGAAGAAAAAGACAAGAAGUAGCAAUGGGAAGAAGGGGAGAGAGCUAAUGUUGGGGAGAAAAGAAGAGCCCAUGGUUAGAGUUCUUGUUUUAACCGUAGGGUAGUAUGCUUUAUUUAUAAUAAAGUGAAAUUACAACUCUAAAAGAUUCCUUAAACACAUCAAUGUAAUCUAAACUUAACUAGUCUUCACCACAAAUUAUAAACAUCACCAUGACUUAUAAACACAUCUCUAUUCACUACCACAAAUUAUAAGUGUAACGCCCCCAAACCCACCCUAGGCAUAAGGGUCGUCACUCAAUCACAUGAUCACUUACUUUUAGAGUAAUGAACCGAAACUGCAUCCAUAUAAUCCAUAUAUUUUAAAUAAACCUUGACAUAAUCCUCACCAUCAUCAAAAUUUAUACUACGGAAGACUUGUUUUAAAAUCAUGACCAUCAACUGUUCAAUGUUAAAUUCCAAAUGAAAUAAACUAGAGGGGGGUGAAUAAGUUAUACUAGUGAAAUUUAAAAUCUUUUCGAAUUCCCCAAGUGUGAUUGUAAAAAGAAAUGCGGAAUAAAAACAAACAAUCACACUACACCAAGAUUUAUAGUGGUUCGACUCAACUUGAGUCUAAUCCACUCCCUACAAGUUCCACUAGCUCUCCCUUUCAGUACAGUAGGUAGGGAAGAAAACCUUUACAAAAUCUUGUUUAGGACAAGGGUAUCCUUACAAUCUCCUUUAAGGCAGAGAGGCACCUUUUACAAUCCCGUUUAACGGUGGAGAGACACCUAACUCUUUUAAGGAUAAGAGGAUCCUUACACAAUCCUAAUUACAAUCUAGGAAAAUGUAAAAGUAACAAUUUAAAUAAGUGGAAUAGAAUUGUUCGAGUUUACCUCGUGCGGUGCGUGUAAAAUGAAUAUGCAAAGUGAAUGAUUGAAUGCACCUUUUGUAGUCUCCCUUGAGUAUAGAGAGGUGAAGGAGACUUUACUACAAUUUUGAGUUCUUGAAGAACAUGUUUGACUUCAGUACGUGAACUCAAUAAAAUAAUGGUUGAUCCUCACAAGUGACUUUGAUAUGAUUGCUAAGAGCUUUCUUAAUUGUUAAUUAUUAAAGUCAUCAGUUGGGUAUUUAUAUAGGCAGAGGCUAGGCUUAAUUAGGGUAACAAAAUCACCCAACUUGGAAGGAGAAUAAUCUCAACGGAUAGAAAUUUUCUCAAUCGGCAGUUACCGCUUCUAACCGAAAAUUGCCGCUUCCAAGUCCAAUUAUACAAAAGUAGCUGUUAGACUCAAAAUAUAGCUGU